AUUAUGGAAAAGCUGAGUGUAGAAAUUUUGAAAUAAAUAAAAUCAAAUACUUAGCUUAGAUUUCAAUAAGAUGACAAUUGUGUAGUAAUAUCUGUACAUGGUCCUUACUAAAUUGGAUCAUAAAAAGCAAACCAAUGUAUAAAAAAAUAUUGAAUUAGAGGCUAUUCUUGAUAUACAAAUCAAAUUUGAGUAAGAUAAAUCGAUAGAAUAAUAAUUGAAGCAGAUUUUUGAAUAAGCUCUAAAUUUAUAAGAAUAUCCAUAAUAGCAAAUAAGAGUAUCUUGCAUAAUUUAAAUUAAUACAAUAAAUGUAUAUAUAUAACAAUAUAUAAUUUCUAUAGAUUUUUUCAACUUUAUGCAAUGGAAUCAUGAUAGCUCUAUUACAUUAAGGUAUAUCAAUGAGUAAAUCAAUAUACAGUAUUACAAUCGAAAAUACUCGUUUAGUAUUUUAAUAAAUAACUAAUGAUUUAUUGUUUAUAGACAACAAAAAGGGAUAAUCGAUGGAUAAAACUAUGUGUUAAAUUAAAGAAGGAUUAAAUAAAUCUCAAAUAUUUGAGUAAUGGCUUCGAAGUUAUUUUUAUGAAUAUUAUGUAAAUAAUAAUUUGUUAUGA